AUGCCGCUAAAAUACCUCCUAGUGUGCCUAGCACUAGUUAAUACGGGAUUGGGCGCUGUGAUCACGCCGCCCAACGUGGGCGACGCAGAUCUAAAGGACUUGGCGACACCAGACGAAUCAGAGACCAACGAAUCGCUCCCCGACCAAACUGACCCAAACGCCAACACCGCAACCAGCACGAAUGACACUGACGAACCACAGACAGGCGGAAUACUAUCCAUGUUGGAGAUGGGGCGUGUAAAUGACGGAGAAAAGCAAAAGAUAGAGAUCACGCCCAAAGCUCGCGAAACUUCCUACGAAGUUAAGGUAACCAAUAUAAUGAAAAAAGACACCUCUACUAUCACGCCACAGGAGACUGAUUCGCCCAACAAGCCUAGACCUUCGGGCAAUUUGAGAAGAAUUAUAUCGGAAACGUUGGCGGAACAAUCACUAGAUGCGGAAAAUAAGCCAAAUAAAGACGCACCUAAAGAGGAAACACGCAACAAGCCAGAAAAAGAGGCAGUGAUUGCGCCUGUGGAUCCAACUGCAAUGAACAUACUAGAGCCCGAGCAAAUAGACAAUCCAACCACGCAGCUGGGCGCCGAUGGCAAAACACCACCGGCACUAUUCGAAGACGAUCCGCCCAUCGAUGUGAUUGUUGAUCACAACCUCGAAUUUGGGCUGAUAAAUGUAUUCCCCCUAUCAAAGCUAUACUCAGCAUACCUGCAUGGAGUAACACGUCACAAGGAUUUCUUUGACCUGCCCCCAGAUACGGCCGGGGACGAGGUUUCAUCGCAUCCCUACAAUGGCAAGAUUUUGGAGGCUUUGAAUGCAUUGGUUGAUCAGAUUAAAUUUAAUCACGAUCGCAUCAACAAGAUGAACAAUGAACUCAUUAUUUCUCAGCGUGAUAUUACCAGUGUCUCUAAGAGCAUCAAAUUCACGCCCUCAAAUCACAAGCUACUAGAGGCUCUUACUACACGAUCCAAAAAAACCUACGACCAAUGGAAAGAUUCCUUUGAAUUUACCCAAAAUAAGCUGAUUACAACGAGAGAGAGCCUCGAGAAUGUGAAACAGUGUAUCACUGGUGGCUCAAUGCAUAAAUGCCGCAAGCAUUUUGAAACUGUUUUUGACCUUCUAAACCUGUUUGACAUUUUUUCUCGUGGUACGAACCUGUGUAACUAUGCCUCAAUUUGUCAAAUUAACUUAAGGAGGAAAGUUACCAAAUUCUUACAUUUUACUGAGAUACAACUGCGCUACGAUGCGGCAAAUAAAGACAUACAAAAGAUGGCAGAAUUUGUCAAUCAACUGAAGCGAGAGAGCCACAGCGCAUUGGCAGCAGUGGUCACUCGCACCAAAAAAAGCGCCUACGGCGUCGUAGGUCAUGUCAACAACUCGAUUAAGAAUGCAACUGUAAAUGAUAUCAAAAAUUCCAGCGCCAUAGGCGCUGUUAAAGUUACGAAUUCAACCCACAAUAAACCCACCGGCAACGUAUAUACUGACACGAGUAAUGCAUUAUUUGAUAAAUUAGAAAAAAUGGACAAAGAUUCUGUUAAUCUCCGCAGUCUAUCUAAUUUUUGUGCUUUCACAGUCAUGCUAAUUGCCAUUGCGUUCUAA